AUGGAGCGUAGCCGUGGCGUUCCAGACGAGGAGAUGUUCCUCAAUAAGCCUGCUCCCGAAGACUGCGACAGCCCGACCGUUGAACCUCUGCGCAUCUUCAAGCCGCAGAGCCCUCAACCCGCCAAGGACGGUAGAUCGUCCGCCUUCAGAUAUCCGGCGCCCCCAUCGUCUACUUCUCCUGCUUCCAAGCAUUCGUUUCCUUUGCCUCCUGGCGCCUCCAGCUCUGCGGCACCAUUGCCGUUCCCCGACGACGACGACGUCCGCAAACCCACUCCCGCGAAGCCAUUCGGCUCUGCCUACAAUGAUACUGGUCCCAGAUUAGAAACAAGCCCUCCUGGGAAGAAGCCUGGUCUCGCAGAACGGAGAGGAGCUGCCCCAAAGCCCAUCAGCUCCCCUACAAGUCCUGACGGAGAUCACGACCUAUUCCAACGCCCCUUGGCUGAUAACCACCGGCCAGGCUCAUCUAAUGCGAAUCCUCAUAAUUAUCAAAAAACAUACUACCCGCCACCAGGUGCUGCAUCUAGCUCCUCGAGUAAUGUACCUACAAAUCUCGCCUCUACCCAGCAACAUAAGAUGGCCGACCAGGGCGUAAAUCGCUUUGCUUCAACUGCUUCGACAUCUACAACUCGUGCUAGCCGUGGCUCUCCUCCACCUCCCGAGACCCCAAUCGUGGAGCCUGGACAAGCACCGGCCGAUGCUAUUGAGGCCCGCUAUGCAGCAUCCGGUAUCUCUGGCACCGCUACACUCAACAGCCUGGGCGCACCUAGCGCUGCUGCUUCACAAAGACUUGCGCAAUACGGGAACCAACCGCCCCCUCAACGACCUUGGACGCCGACUGAAACUCCUGACCAGGCACCAUCAGGUCCACCUACCGUGUACCAGGGUAUGAAUGCUAUUUCAAGUCCAGCUCAGACGCAGCAAUCGUUCAGCCCCCCUCCCCAGCCCGAGCAGCAACAACAACAGCAAAAACCACAAGGACAGGGACAGGGACAAGGACAAGGCCAAGCGCAAGUCAGUGUGUUGGAACAAGACUUCCAGCGGAUGAACACCAACUCUCCGCCUCCUGCUUACUCAAGCCUCAAUCCCGGUGGCAACUCAUCCUAUCCCAAUGAAAAACAAAGACCUCAGCAAGCUGGAUCAAGCUCUUCUUCUGCACAACCUCAUCAGCAGGCGGCGGCAUCGACACCCCCUACGAAAACCACCGUUGUUGCAGCGGGCUCGACUGCAACGGGUGGUCUUGCAUCUCCCGCUUUGCAACAUCCAGGCCAUCCCGCAUUUGCUAAUGACCCCCACCCUGCGUUCGCCAACGAAUCUCAUCCUGAGCAGAAUGGACAGAGCUCUCAGCAAGUUGUUGCUCCCGCCCAGAGCUUCGAGACUCAGAACCCAGCCUCCCCUCCGCCCUUGCCUGAGGGAUGGAUUGCUCACCUGGACCAGAAUUCGGGACAGUACUACUAUAUCCACUUGGCUAGUCAGGCAACACAAUGGGAGUUCCCUAAGGGUCCCAAUCCCAUAUCGCACGAACCAGCCCCUCUCUCACCAACAGCCUCAACGUAUGGGAACCCUUUGGCUUCACCCAUGUUCGGCAAGCAGUCUAUAGCCUCGCCCAUGUUUCCACCGCAUACCCCUGGCUAUGCCGAGAGUAUCAUGAGCGUGGCUGCUUCGGCGACACCUACGGCAGCGGGAUUUACAGGACCGCCACCAAGCGCUGGUGUGGAUAUGUACAGAAUUCAACCCACAAACGGCGUCUACUUCGGCCCUUAUCUGCGAUACGUCAACAUGGACAUCGAGAAAGGUCUCUGGCUUGGUAGUAUCCUGAUCGUGACAGACGCUCCUCAACCGCCUACAAUUCAUAUCCAUCUGAGCCAUGAUCUAGCACCGAACCCUCGCCAAGCCGAACCUCGACCUAUUGCUACACACCAGAGGUGGAAGUUCUACAAAUAUGACCUAGAGCUGCCUAUGUCGGAAGCUGGUACCGAACGCUGGACGUACGCAGUCACUUCGCAUCUUGGUUGUACCAGAUAUGAGUUCGUUGUUGCUGGGCGGCAAGAGACUAGCUGGCGCUUUAUUGCACACUCUGGUAACGACUUCGCAGCGGGAACCUCGCAAAAUGAGCGUGCCAAGCUUGGUGGAGUCGGCUUCAUGUGGAAGGAUGUUCUUCAGAAGAACGUUGACUGCGGUGGUUUCCACGUUCAAUUGGGUUUGGGAGAUCAGAUCUAUGGUGACCGCUUGUGGAAAGAAGUUCCACUCCUCAAGCAGUGGCUUGCGAUGAGCGGACGCGACAACAAGAAAAACGUUCAGUGGACAGCGCGGCACGAGGAAGAUGUUGCGCAUGCUUAUUUCCAUUACUACACGAGUCACUUCGACCAGCCGUUCCUUAGAGAGGCCUUUGCUCAGAUCCCCCACGUCCUGCAGAUUGACGACCAUGACAUCUUUGAUGGGUACGGUUCAUACCCGGACUAUAUGCAGUCCUCGCCUAUGUUCAAGAACAUUGGUAGAAUCGCGACUGAUAUGUACCUUCUGUUCCAACAUCACACGACUGUCGAGAUGCUACGCAAUGUCAGCACUGACCAUGAUAUCUUUACCAUCACCGGCACCGGCUGGCAUUUUGUCAAGUACUUGGGCCCGGCCGUGGUAGUUGUGGGCCCCGAUUGCCGAUCUGAACGCACCCAAGCUCGAGUGAUGGCAGGUCCGACAUAUCAAGGAAUCUUCCCUAAAGUUGCUACACUGCCUCCUAGUGUGCAGCACUGCAUAUGGAUGGUCUCGGUGCCGCUUGUAUACCCUCGAUUGGAUACCGUGGAAAGUCUCGCUAACACCAUGGCUGCUGGAAAGAAGGCUGUCAAUACCACUUACAAUAUAUUGGGCAAAGUCACAAGCUCGGUUGCAGGUGUGGUUGGAGGGAAGGAUGUAGUGGCACAGGGGUUCUCACAAGUCAAGAAGGCAGUGGGAAAGACUGGUCUUAUGGGCAACGUCCUAAACCAGUUCGGUGAACUUGAUAUUCAGGAAGUUCUCAAGGAUAUGUGGACUCAUGAUACCAAGGAUCUCGAGAGAACAUAUUUGAUUCGAACCCUCCAGGGCAUAGCGCAACAGAAGGGAAUCCGAAUGACAUUCCUUUCUGGAGACGUUAAUGCCUCAGGUGCUGGUCUUGUUCACGACCCGACGCAUCCCGGCGACCACAAGACGAUGUAUCAGAUCAUCUCAUCACCUAUCGUGGCGGCGCCCCAGAGUAAUUAUGUUCUCAAGAUGCUCCACAAUCAGAAGACACUAUACGUGCCUCAGAACGGCAAGAAAUCGACUCACGAAGUAUCUGACACAAAAGAAGACAUGAUGGAGAUCUUUCACUCCGAUGCCAGCGGUGCUGCGCGAGAACUCAAGAAGCUCAUGGGUCGCCGUAACUACGUUGCAUUCGUCUCAUAUGACCAAGACGCCGCCGCGGCUGUGCCCCAGACGCCUUUCAGCCCUAAUCCAAGCCUCAAUGGCUCACAGCAGGGUUUGUCCAAGGUCAGCUUGGCUGUCGACUUUGUUGUGCAAGGCGACGGCGCGUUCACAGCACCUACAAAAUACGGCCCUGUUAUCAUCCCUCAUUUGGAAUAUGGUCGAUGA